GUAUGAGGAUAGUAUCGGGGAAUGAACACUGGUCAAGAAAUCAAACGACGAGCAUAGAUGCGAAAAUGAGAAAAGUACUGCUAACGAGAGUGAUGUGCAUAUACAGAACUUUCUUGUCACCGUAUUGGAGCAUCCUUAACCGCUCCUUGCCGACACAUUUUGCUUCAUGUAUGCCUCUUUGGGGCAUCUGAAGGUGCGUGUCAUUGUGUUCUUUUGACAAUUCUGGGUCAACUCCGAUAGUCCAUACCUGGGAAUACUAUGGAAUUGAAUGAGACAGGGCAAAACCCUUCUAGACUUGGGUCGCAGGUGUAUCAGCUGGACACGGCCAUUGCUACUUAAUCAGAUUCUUCUCUCUCUUCGUUGUAUCUACUUCAGUCCGAGAUGCAGCUCAAGCUUUCGUUCGUCUCCAUAAUCAGUCUUACUCUCUUCAUGGCCUGCUUCAGUGAUGUCGCAGCCAAGGACCAGACUGCAUUCUCGGCUACCUGUGAUAACAUCUCUCUCGACAGCGGGCAUAUCCUCACCGCAGACUGUGAAGACGCAGCUGGUCAAACGUUCCCGACAAGUAUUGACUUAAACGAUUGCGUCUUGAACAAUGGGGGUAUCCUUCAGUGUGGCGUGAACGGAAAUUAUUUUCAUUCGUGCAACAGUUGUACCUUAACUCAGCCCUCGACUCUCAUCUGCAACUGUAGCCCCAAAGGGGUUCCUACGUCUAUCGACCUCAAUGGCUGUAUAAGCAACAUACGGAGUGAAUUAACUUGUCCCUGAAGACUUUUCCACGUUCGUCGGGCCACUGGG